AUGACGGCAGUUCCGUGCUCCAGAAGCCUGGCUGAUAUUCGAGCUGUUCAGGUUCGAAUUUUCAAGUUUCUGGAGUAUUUUUUUUUCUAGAAAGGUUCUAUGACUAUAAAUCUCAUAGUGAAGUCAGGAAAAUAUUGAAAUGAACUUGGGAACGCCAGAGCGGUCCCUAGAGGGGUUCGGGAAAAAAAUACCCUAGAGGGGACAGGUCAGAGCUCCCUAGUGGGUCCCCAUAGGAGUUUAGAGUCUCACUCUUGAGACGCUAAAGUUUAAGGGGUCCCUAUAGGGGUCUUUUGAUUUAAGUGGUCCCUAUAGAGGUAUUUUUUUAUAAAUUGAAAUUUAAAAAAACGCGUUUUUUUAGUACAUGAGGCCCGUAUAGAAAAAUGAGAAUAAGACAAAAAAAUAUUUUUUUGAAAAAAAGUUAUGAAAUAUCGUCAAAUCUUGAGUAGGCCGUUGCAAUGUUUUUUUAAAAAAAGUGACCUUUUUCGAUUUCGAAAACCCUUUUUCUUGUCCUUUUGCUGACGGGAAAAGAGGAUUCUUUCAAAAAUGUUUUCCUCGAAAUUGAGAAACAGUUUUUUAGGCCGGAGAUAAGAUUUAGAAAAUCAUUUUUCUGAGCUCUUUAUUUCUAAAGAAGAAAAGUAACAUGAUAACAAAAAUAAAAACUUGUUACAAAUUUAACCAAGUUUAUUCUAGAACUAUUCAAUUUGCAGGCGGACAACCUGGACAGACUGAGGGACUCUCUUCAGCAGGUCAACAUCAAGGAUCUGGUGCCGCUCCUCGUCGCUCGGAACGUCCUCAAGUCCUACGAAAUGGGCGCCGUUUAUGCCAAGGUGAAACUUAUCAACAACAAAUUUUGGAAUUUUCGCGAACUUGCUGAAAAACUCUCUGAAGGUUUAGAUAAUGAUCCCUAAUUUUUUUGAUCUGCACCAGCUCAUAUUUUUAUAAAUAUGAUUUUUUAAACUUGCAAAAUAUUAUUUUUAAGCCUAAAUUUUCAAACUUUGAAUGAAACUAUCUCAAAAACUAAAAGUUGGACCAGGUAGAGACUAUGAGGCUAUAACCUUUCAAUAGUGUUUGAGCAAGUUUAUAGAAAGUUCCAGGUCACAAAGGAAUUGACCUACUUAUAGGGCCUAAUACUGUGUUUAAACUGCGGUCUCUGAAAAUUGACUGGGAAUUUUCAGUGGUCACUAGAGGGUUUUGAUGUUUUAGUGGCCACUUAAGGGGUUUAAAUUUAGUGGCCACUAUAGAAGUCUAAGUGCUACAAAAUUUUUAGUGGCCCCUUUAGGAGUCGAUGGAUCAACAUAACUGGUCCAAUCUGUUUGUGUUAUAAUUACCAGAGUUACUGGAGGGAAUACUGGAUGAAAAACUACUGAAGUGGCCACUAAAAAUUUUUCCAGUAAGGCCCUAAAAACUAAAAUUUUGCGCAGAUAGAAAAUAUUAAGAAUCUUCAUCUAGACCUUGAAAGUUUUUUUGAACAAAUUCCAAACCGCAAAUUGAAAAGACUUCUCUUGUAAGCAUAAGGUUGACCGGUCAGAAAUAAAUAAUUAAUAAUUUAUAUUUUUCUCAAUGACAAAUUCUGAAAGUUGAGAAAAAGAUAAGUCAUAUUUUUUUAUUUCACGUGAAAAAUCUCCUUUUUAAGUUUAAUUUCAAAAAGUUUGUGAAAAUACGUUUCAAAAAAAGAUUCAAAUAAUUAUGUGAUACGUGCAGCUUUUCGUUGAGAAUUCGAUGAGCAUCACUCAAAAAUCUUAUUUAGUCACUCUAAAAAACCAUAACUCUGUUUCAGUCGUUCGUUCUGAAAUCAGAAAAAGAGUGUUGUUGGUUACAUUUAGGAUUUACUAGGAAAAAAUGAUGUUGAAGUUUGAGUACAAUUGAAAUUAUAACCGAUUUCGUCGGUUUUCCUCGGUUAUUCUAACCAGAGAACUUUUUUAUUUUCUUUGUUUGUUCUGAAAUCAGGAGGUCCUGAAGUAAACUUCAGCAAAGUUUCAGCAAAAGUUCAACCAAGAGGGGUUUUUUGAAUAUUCUUGGAAUUACUCUGACAUCGGUAACGCAUUUAUUUCAGGCUUUUAUGCCAAUCCUUCCCUUCUUUUUACUGUGCAUGUUAUUUCGUUCUGCCUGUAAAUAAAUUAUUUUUAUAACGCAAACGGGACGCGCCCCGGCCGCUUCUGUGAACUUCUAGGAACCACUCAAAAGUGUUGAAGCCGCUUAAGUUAUCACUAGAAAAGCUCAGAAACGUGAUUGCGAUUUUUGUGAAGUGAAACUCUUUUGUCGCAGUUGGAAGGAUGCGAAGUGGCAGCUCAAAAACAUUUUUGAAAACAUUCUGAGCAUAAAGAAAUCAGAGAGACCGCAACGCGACCGCGACGCUUUGAGCCAUUCCAAGUGCGACCAAAUCUUUCAAAGUCGCUGUGAAUCAAUUAUGGAAAUAGUUUUACAUUUUCCACGGUUCCCGGUUUCGGCUACUGUUGUUAAUGGAGGAAGUUCAUGGAAAAUUGAUAUAUUAUGUAUAAAACAAAUUUUCACCUUCCUUCUCAUUCUUAUUCUCAUUAUUAUUUUUUAAAUUGAUGUCUUGAAUCCAAGGAAAUUUCUGCAAGGGUUUUAAAUUGACUUUUUACUAUCCUUUUUGUUACUUUUCCAGAAAAAUUUUUAAAAAAAUACGAAAACAAAUCUUUUUUUCUAUUGGACUAAAUGGAAAAUAUGAGUAUAAGAGCAUGAAAAGUUUCGAAAAAUCCAUUAAAAAAACAAAAAUUUUUUGCGAAAAACCAAAGCUCAAACGUCAAUUUAUUCUUCAAUUUCUUUGCAUUAGCUAUUCCUCGGAGUAGUUUUUCUUCUGUUUUUGAAAAUAUUAAAAAAAUAAAAAGGAUUUUUUUAUUGUACUUUACGCCGCAAUACUUUGAAUAGCUUCCUCAAAACUUUUAUGAAUUAUUUAUAACUUUUUUUCAAAGAUCCUCUCGGUUUGAACGAUUUUUUCAAAAUACAUUAUUCACUUUUUUGACAAUUACCAGAUCUUCCAUGAUUUUUUCACAAGACUUUUACUUUCAGGGAAACUCCGAAGCCCAACUCGACGCUCUGAUCGAGCUUCUGAAAACGAAAAAUCACUGGGUCGGCCCAAUGACCGACGCUCUUAUCCGCAACGGACAGGUUUUUCAAUUUCUUUAAACUCAAGAAUGCCAGAGUGGUCCCUAGAGGGAUUAAGAAAAAAAACAGCCCCUAUAAGAGACAAGAUAGUGCUUGCCAGAGGGCUGAAAUUAAGAGGAUCUUUAAGGUAUUUAGAAGCUCCUAGAGCUUGAGUGAUCCCUAGAGUGAUUCCUACAGUGGUCUAUAACUUUUUGUGUUUUAAAAAUUAUGAAGAAAUUUUUCAAAGAAACUUGAUCGAUUGAACCUUUGUUGAUUUUUUAAAGUUUUCAAAUAACGUUAAUUCAUUGAGUUUUUUGCAAUUUUUGACCCUCUAGGGACUAAUAGCAUGCUACCCCAGAGGGGUCCCUUUUGCAAGCUUUAGUGUCCUCUAUAGGGCAGGUAAGGUGAUCAUAAGAAAAGAACUUUCAAGUUCCCCCUCUAGGGACCACCCUGACCCUUUUAAGAACCUUUUUAACCUCAUACAACUGAAAGAAGCUUUGGGAAAAAAACUACCAAGAGAGAAAAAUACUUCCAAAAAAAUUAGGAGUCAAAAAAAGAAUGAAUCAAAAUUAAAGAGAGAUAUUUAUGAAAAUUUUCAUUGUAAAGUGAAAAAUUCAUUUUGGCUCUUGAAACUUGGAUAACAAAUUAGAGAUUGUUUCAUUUUUUUAUAAAGGCGAUCUGAAAAAGGGAACGUGAUUCGCUUCAAAAUUUGGAAAAAAAUUUCAGAAAAAUAUCCCUAAAAUUUUUGUAAUUUGUUCAAUUUAUCAGCUCCAAAUUUGUAAGAAGUGAGUUGAAAUUUAAUUUUUUUGCGAGGUGAAACAAUUUUUUUCUCAUUCUCUAUUUUUUUCCGAGUGAUUUUUUUCGAAAUUUCAAUCAAAUUUUUUUGUAAAACUCUUUAAAACGGAAUAUAUUUCUUUUUGAAAAAUUUUUUAGUUAUCUUGAAAAUAUGGUGACAUGCUAUAAAUUACGGGCGUUUACAAAAUGCGACCGGCGCGACUGCCUAUAAAACGCGACCGCUUUUUUUGUGCUCCAUUGAAAAUUAAUAAAAUAUGGGCGUUUUUUUCAAUUUUGGUUAUUAUUUUAAAAUUACACGGAAUUAUAAUUUUUUCGACAGCUUUCUGAUCAGUAUAGUGGUGUCUUUUUUGUAUUUUUGAUAGUACCUUUCAUUAAACGAUUUUUCAAGAUUUAUUUCGUCCCGUAUCCAAUUUUUCAAUAGAUUCCGGUUUAAUACAGAUCCAUGAACUAUGAGAAAAUUGUUUUAAAAACAUCCUAAUGAGAAGCCUCCGUUUUUUGAGCAAUUGAAGAAAAAUUUAUCAUGAUGAAUUCGUUAAUUUUGUCGUAGUACUUUUUUUAAAAUAGUUUUUCUUUGAAAGGAAAAGAUAGGGGAUAAUACAAAAUUUGAGAAAAAUUACCAGAAAAGGCGAAAUAGAUAAGACCGAGAAACGCCUGUAUUUUGAUAAUUCGCAGUGGAACACAAAAAAGCGGUCGUAUUUUAUAGACCUUCGCACCGGUCGCAUUUGGUAAACGCCCGUACUUUAUGACAUGCUGUUCAAUCAAUAUAUUUAUCAAUCAAUAUUUAUUGGUUGUUUUAGUCAGAUGGAAUCGACUAGGAGGGGAAAAAUUGCUCUUUUGAGCGGCACUAACACCGCCUUUGGCGAAAAAGAAGUCAAAACGUGUAGUCGAUUGAAUUGAAAGCAUGGUCUUACGGUCCUUCGCCUCGUUCUUCCACAAGUAGAUCCCUCAGUUUCGCGGGUACGGGCACGGCGGAGAUGAUGGGGCUCGGGCACGGACGCCUCGUGCACGACUCUAGAGUAGCCUGACCGACUUUGAAAAGAGUGAUGAAAAAUACACGGAAUUACCUAUUAACACUACUGAUAGGAAAAACACUAUUGUACAGUAUCUAUUAAUUUUUUUUUUGGUGUUACCAAGAACUUCUAAUGUAAUUGAAACAGUUAACAAAACUUCAAAAAAAAGUCAACUGAUUUUGUGUUGAGUUUGAAACCGGAAAAUCAUCAACAUUUCCAUUUUCAUUUUACAGGCCCCGAUCGCCAAGCUUCUUCUUCAAAUGCAGCAAGCUAAAGCCUAA